AAUAAGAAGUGAAGCAUGUUGGCUAACCCAGCAGCUAAAAGACUGUGAGGUGCGUUUGUGUUCAUUGAGUUUUAGCGGUGUUUUUGUGAGUUAACGUCAGUGUAUGAGACUCUGAAAUGACUGUUGGCACAUGAACAAUAACCGCCCUUUCUCUCCAGACCCUAAGAUGAUUGAACCAGAGGUACUGACCGAGGUCCCCGCAGCUCUGAAGCGGCUGGCCAAGCAGGUCGUGAGGGGUUUUUAUGGUGUGGAGCAUGCUUUGGCGCUGGAUGUGCUGAUCCGUAACCCAUGUGUGCGUGAGGAGGACAUGCUGGAGCUGCUCAAGUAUGACCGCAAACAGCUGCGCUCAGUACUCAAUACCCUAAAAGCAGACAAGUUUGUGAAGUGCCGCAUGAGAGUGGAGACGGCGCCCGAUGGCAAGACAACGAGACACAACUACUACUUCAUUAAUUACAGGGUACUGGUCAAUGUGGUCAAGUAUAAACUGGAUCACAUGCGACGUCGCAUUGAGACAGAUGAGCGAGACUCCACCAACCGUGCAUCCUUCCGGUGUCCCUGCUGCUUCUCCACCUUCACCGACCUCGAGGCCAACCAACUCUUUGACCCUAUGACAGGUACAUUUCGCUGUACCUUCUGCCAGACGGAGGUAGAAGAGGAUGAGUCCGUCUGUCCUGACGCCAGGACGCUCGUGGCGCGCUUCAACGAGCAGAUCGAGCCCAUCUACGUGCUGCUCCGUGAAACUGAGGACGUGAACUUGUCCCAUGAACUGCUGGAGCCUGAGCCUGCUGAGAUUCCCGCUCUCAAACAGAGCCGAGAACGUGCUGCAGCAUCGGGAGCCAACGCAGCGAGCGGCCCGCACCGCGAAGCCUGGUCGAACAAAGGGUCGACUUAUGCUGAUCUGUACACCCAGAACGUGGUCAUCAACAUGGACCAGGAGGAGCAGCAGAAACAGGCCGGCGAUAGCAAGGCACCAAAGGAGAGGCCGGUGUGGCUGACUCAGAGCACCGUACAGGGCGCUUACAACGAGCCGGACGUCCUCAAGAACCGUGGUGACGUACCUGGAGCCCAGGAUGGAGCACCCGGUCCUGGCACCGGUCAGGUAGAUGAAAACGAGGAAGUGAUGCGCGCGCUGCUAAUCCACGAGAAGAGGAGUGUUGCAGGCGCUGGUGCAGGUGGAGCAAGCGCCGCUGCGAGGGCUCUCACCUCUGCCUCCGCCAACGCCAGUGACUCAGACAGCGACACCAGCGAGUCGGACGAUGACUCGCCCCCGGGUCCUCCUCCUGCCGCCACCGCGCAGCAUCGGGCUGAAGAGGAGGAUGAUGAGGACGACGAUGAAUUUGAGGAAGUGGGCGAUGAGCCGACAGUGAUGGUGGGAGGCCGGCCCUUCUCGUACAGAGAGGUGAGCCAGAGGCCAGAGCUGGUGGAGCAGAUGUCUGCACAGGAGAAGGAGGCCUACAUCGAGAUGGGCCAGAACCUGUACCAGGACAUGUUCUUCUGAACCACACAGUCAGUCACAGCGCGGGUUCACUCUGCUGUGUCGCUGCUGUGUCAGUGGGCACAGCUCGUUGUAAACAUGCUGCUCAACAAGUAUUCAGCCGGCUUCAGCGUCCUUCGUUCCAUUAAUGAGGACGUACUCUGACAGUGUUGCACAAGCGACCCCCCCGUGUAGUAUUCUGUCCCAAGUAUUUUUUAAAUGCACCACCCUAGAAGGAGCUGCCUAGCUGCUCAGUGCCAACUGUUUUGUCUUUAGUUUAAAUCUUGUUGCCCGUUUUUCUUUUAUGUCCCGUUUAAAUGUAUCAGGUGUUUUACUCAGUAACUUUCAGAGCUCAGUUUCGUGUCGUGGACGGGAAAAAUAGAUUUCUACAAACAAGCGUAUGCAGCAGGUGUGCAGUGAGCUUGGAAAACUGGUAGAGGUGUGAGUGCUGGAGCUGCACACACCGAUGGAGGACUGAAGAACCUGUGAGGACGAAGCAGCUGGCUUUACAAGUUAACAGACGGGACGUUUAAAAACUGAUCUCAGCCAGACGGAGCAUGUGCCUAACAGUGAAACAUUUGUUCUUUGGAGCAGUCUGUAAUAAAAAGAUACUGUGGUGAAGGAA